AUGCCCCCAUCAGUACUAGAGGGGAGAGGAGAUUACACCAUCCAUUCUGGGCAAUUGCCGCAAGAAAACCAUGCAUGGGCUAGUUUAGCGGUACCUUCUAAGGAAAGUUUGAAGGAAAAAAGUGCAAUUCGAUAUUUUUUAAAACAGAGUUUGUUGGAGUUUUUCUUUUCGGUGAUUAUCAUAUUGUUGCAGUUACCUGUCACGUUGUUUGGUGUCUUCUCACAUAUCUCGCCCGUAAGAGUAAGAGGCGGAAAGCGCAAAUAUGGAUCGGGAAUUCUUCAACCUUUGCACACAUUUCGUGAAUACUUAUUAGCGGAGACAUGGAUAGUUGUCAAAUGCAAGCACAUGACAUUACGAGCAUUCGGUAUGACGCUACUGAAUGGUACCAUCUCAGUUAUUUAUUUGUUCGUUGUAGUUCGUCCUUUAAUUGUUAGAGAAGCGGUUUCGUCAAGUAGCAGUAUGAAUUCCGGGAAGUGUAAUAGCAGUAUGAAGAAAAAUUGUAAAAUAGAUGAAGUGCAGAAUCUACGGGUCCAGAAACUGACGACUGCCGCGGGUCUCGUAGCACGUUUACGGCAUCGGGUUACGGUAAGAUCACAGUCAAAUGUUGAUGUGAUGGAAAUUGAUGAAGGUAAGGCGAAGUAA